AUGUUUGAACAUCGUGAUCCUCUUGAACAUACUAGUCUUUAUAAUAAAGCUGACAGUGAUGACAGUGAUGCAGAGGGAGGUCUUGGUAACGUUAGCAGACUGAUCAUACGCCCACCAGGACACAGUGGUAAAGCGAAAAAAGGUCACUUGUGCUUUGAUGCGUCCUUUGAAACCGGAAACUUAGGUCGGGUAGAUCUAAUUUCAGAGUACGAAUAUGAUCUGUUCAUUAGACCUGAUACAUGUAGCCCUCGAUUGAGAUUUUGGUUCAACUUUACUGUUGAUAAUGUUCGUGCCGAUCAACGUGUUCUAUUCAACAUCGUCAACAUAUCCAAAAGUAGAAAUUUAUUCAGAGAUGGAAUGACACCUCUAGUCAAAAGCACAAAUAAUCCUAAAUGGCAAAGGAUACCAAGAAGACAAGUAUACUAUUAUAAAUCACCACAGCAUCAGAAUCAUCAUGUCCUAACAUUUGCUUUUAACUUUGAUCGAGAGGAUCAAGUGUACCAAUUUGCUUUAAGUUAUCCUUACUCUUACACUCGAUAUCUGGGACAUUUAGAUAACCUUUGUGCCAAGUGUGCAUCAGUAAAGCGAGAGACUUUAGCAUCAUCAAUUCAGAAGAGAAAGCUUGAAUUGGUAACAAUUGGAUCUAAUAGUGAAGACCGUCCGAAGAAAGUUGUGGCUGUUCUCAGCAGAGUUCACCCUGGGGAAUCUCCAUCCUCUUUUGUUUGUCAAGGAUUAAUGGACUUUUUGGUAAGUGCACAUCCUAUUGCUCAAGUCCUCAGAGAUUAUGUUGUCUUCAAGAUCAUUCCAAUGCUCAACCCUGAUGGAGUUUAUCUAGGUAACUACAGAUCAACGUUGAUGGGAGUGGAUCUGAAUCGAGCCUGGAAUCGAAUUUCAGAGUGGAUCCAUCCAACUCUAUUAGCUACACGGACUUUGCUGGAAUCUCUUGAUAAAAAUGCAAAUAUGCCAUUGGACUGUGUGCUUGAUUUACACGCUCAUACCAACGCUACUGGUUUGUUCGUGUAUGGAAAUACAUAUGAUGAUGUUUACAGGUACGAACGUCACAUCGUCCUACCAAAGCUCCUAGCUCAAUACACAGAAGACUACAAUCUUGAUAAUACUAUGUACAACCAAGAUCCUCAUAAAGGUGGAACAGCAAGGCGUUUUUUAUGUUCAAUUCUCAGUGAACACGUUAAUUGUUAUACAAUUCAAGUGUCAAUGUAUGGCUAUUACCGAAAAGGAUCACCUGGUUUGCUUCCCUACACUGAAGAGAGUUAUUACAGAGUAGGAAGGAAUUUAGCUCGUUCUCUCUUGGAAUACUACAAGUUGACAGGAUUGAUACCCUCGGGACUGCCAGACCAGCCGUCGAAUAAGCGGGGACGUCAGUCCAGACAGAGGCAUCGGCAACCCCGGGAUCCACGACCCCGGACAGCUAGAACGCCUGCGCCUUUGCAUCUUGCCAGCAUCCACGAAUAUUUCACUGAGGAUUUUCCUGAAUUGCCGGCUGAUGCUAGAUUUCGAUCAAUGAGUGGAACACGAAUGAAUAUUACACCUGGACCAGGAAGUGUCAUUGGACAUGGUGGAAAAAAUCCUAGCUACAGGUAUCGAAGUCCUGGAGCACCGGUCAAUGCCAUCAAGACUGAUAAUUUGAUGAUCACAGAGCAUCCUGCAGAACCACGUCUAGCUAUUAUCGAUUUUAAUCAGCUGACUCGAGGCGGUUUAGACCUCGCUACUGGUAGAAAUAAAGCUAAAAUUGCGAGAAAAUCUCCAGAACGACAUUACCGGUUGAAACGAUAA